AUGAGACCCAUAUUACUGUUAGAAUUAGCUACAUUGCUUCUAUUUUGCACUUAUGUUUCUGGUAAACAACUAUACGGUAUUUUUGAUCUGUUGCUGCUUCUAGGAGCAGAAGGAGAAAAUCCUUCCCAACCGGGUGAUCCUUGGCGUGCCACCUUGGACUGGGCUAUUCCUGGUGGAGACUCAGUUAAUGUUGGUGAUAGAUUUUCAUUGACAAUGCCUUGUGUGUUUGGUUUUAAUGGGGAUACCUCUCCAAUUUCUUUAGGAGAUUCUGUUGAUUAUGCUACUUGUCACCUUCUAGGAGGAGACUUUUCGACCCCAUAUUCUUAUUUGUAUUGUUCAAUUACUACUGUUCCUGAGUCGAUUGUUUCAGGAAACGUCAGUUUCACAUUGACGUUUAACACUGCGAGUACAGAAUAUGAUGAUGGUGAAGGUUGUUCCAGUCAGUUUGUUGUUGGUAUUAAUACUAUUGAUUUCAGUGAUGGUCCAAAUACUCUCUCUACAGAAAUUCAAUUAGCAGGAGCACCCGACGUUCCAAAUAAUGAAAAUUUAAUUUGGGCGGUCUAUGUUCCUACGUUCGAUCAGAUUCUAGUUUCUUUGGAGGCUCCUAAUACUUGUAAUGGUAAUGAUCAAGGUUCGUUGUAUGUACAAAUCGACAAGGGAGGAGGUAUUAAUUGCGGUAAUUUUGAAUAUUUUGAGUCAUUUGGUGGAUUGAAUCCAUGGAAUGAUCCAGUAUUUUAUGGUGAUCCCGUUAGUGGUUCAGUGGACUGUUCUCCUCAGUCUGUAAACUUAACGUAUGAUCCUACAGAUGGAACUCCAUAUAUUGAUUUUAGUGUUUAUCGGGAUGAAGAAGAGGAAAUUAUAUUUCAGUAUACAAACAUACAUCAGUGUGAUGGUUCUGAUCGGGCUACUUUUCUGAGUUCCACUACAUUCAUAUAUCCUAACGAUACAGGACUCAAUGCUCAACUGGUGAGUGUAUAUACAGUUACUUGGGACAGGCCAUUUGUAAGAAUCGAUACUGCUAAUACAGCGAAUAUAACGGUUUUUGAAACUAUUUCUACUGAAUUCAUUACCGAGACUUGGACAGGUAACUUCACUAACACUACGACCUAUCCUGGUACUCCUGGGGGAAAUGCUACUGUUAUUUUUGAUGUCCCAAUUCCAACUGUUACUGUGUCGGAAACUUGGACUGGUGAUCUUUAUACUAACACUUCUUCUGCUAGCCCAGGAGGAAUUGCAACAGUAGAAGUCUUCCUUCCAAUACCUACAAAUACUACCACUGUAACAUGGACAGGCGAUCUUUAUACCAACACAUCUUUUGCUAGCCCAGGAGAAACUGCGUUGGUGGAAGUAUUUCUUCCAAUACCUACAAAUACUACCACUGUAACAUGGACAGGAGAUCUUUAUACCAACACAUCUUUUGCUAGCCCAGGAGAAACUGCGUUGGUGGAAGUAUUUCUUCCAAUACCUACAAAUACUACCACUGUAACAUGGUCAGGUUCAACCACUGCAUAUAGUACAAUUACUACUACACCGGGAGCUACUGCAUUACUCAUAGUAGAGGUACCAGAGUCAACAACGACGGUUUUUACAAGCUGGGCGGGAAAAAAUACUACCACCUUAACUGAAUAUGGUUCUUACAAUGUAACAUUGGUUAUUGAGACACCCGUUGCCUCAUCAAGCUACAGUUCGUCUAGUUACAGUUACAGCUAUAGUUCAUCUGACUUGGGCUCUUCUAGUCCCUAUUCUUCUAGUUACAGCACAUCUAACUAUCAUAGUUCAUAUAGUUAUAGUUCAUCUGGUUACAGUUCAUCUAGCUACAGUUCAUCUAGUUACAGUUCAUCAUCACAAGUAAGUGAAAGCUCAAGCGGAUCUGCUUCAGCAGAAAGUAUAUCCUUUCCUGCAUCAUCUUAUGGUACAUCUUCAUCAUCAUCUAGUGAAUUUUCAUCUAGUGGCUCUGGCACUCUUCCCGGUUCAUCGAGUAAUAUUGAGACUUCUUCCGAAACAACAUCAGUGGUUGUUUCUUCAAGUUCUUCCAGCAUUAGUACAGAAGCCUCGGAGUCAAUUUCGUCUCCGCCAGUAUCACCAUCAGAAUCACCAUCAGAAUCACCAUCAGGAUCAUCAUCAGUAUCACCAUCAGUAUCAUCAUCUGAAUCACCAUCUGAAUCACCAUCUGAAUCACCUUUGAGUCUGACAACUGAGACUUCUUCUUCUUCUGUGAAUGAAGAGAGUAUCACAUCUAGUACAUUUCCAAUAAUCUUAUCUUCAUCCUUAAGUUCCAGUACUUUUGUUUUGAACUCAUUAUCAUCUUCAUUUAAUUUCUACCCUAACACCACUGUCAGAUCAUCAACUCCUUCAUUACUAUCUAGUACUAUAUUAUCAAGUUCUAUUUUGACAUCAGUUGGUUCUAGCAGCUCGCCACCAAGUUCCAGUACUGUGGAAUCCUUUACUGCACCUCCUUCCUUGACACCUUCUGCUUCUGCUACUUCUUCUGGAGUCAGUUCCACCUCAGUUGAAUCAUCAUCUACGUCUCCAUAUUUAAGUACAACCACUUUUAGUUUCCAAAUCACUGCCAUUGCUGAUGCUCCAAAUACCUUUACUGAAUAUGUUUCAUAUGUGAGCAGCAGUAUUGUCUUGAAUGCUUCAGAUGGUCCGAUAUUCGAAUUAACUAUUCCUGGUGGCAACAUCACUAUCGACGGACUGGUGUUGCAUGCAGAUCCAGAGAAUGGACUUUAUCUUGGACAAGAACCAUUUGGAGGUUGGCUGUUCAUAGGGGAUCCUGUAUUAGACUUAUCAGGAGUUGGAUCUGAAUUUUAUAUAUGUCCCGAUGAAUCUGUUCCAUUACAAAUUAAUCUGAUAGGUCCAGAUUGUAUUUUAGGACAAUUACAUAUCUAUGAGAAUGUUUCACUGCUGUCUUCGACAAAUCCAGCUACUACAACCAGCAGUACUACAGGUACUACUACAGGUACUACUACAGGUACUACUACUGGUACUACUACAGGUACUACUACUGGUACUACUGCAGGUACUACUACUGGUACUACUACUGGCACUACUACUGGCACUACUGCUGGCACUACUGCUGGCACUGCUACUACUGGUAAUGAAUCAAGUGUACAUGCCUCAUCAGGUACUACUAUCACGACUGUUAUUACUUCUAAUGAAUUAGUGACUUUAACUGAGUGUCCUGCCACAGUGACUAAUUGUCCUUUGAAUUCUAUAAGAACCAUUACAAUUCCUCACAUUAUUACUACGACAUACUGUCCCGAAUCUGGAGCUACUUCUGUUGAAACACAGCCAAAUGGUAAAACUACCCCUAUUAAUACCAAGCCACCAAUUAUUACCUCGACUUUUACUACAUUAGAGACCCAAGUCAGUGGUGAUAACACUACGACUAUUACCCACUCCAUAUUCACUAUAUAUGAAGCUCCUAGUGGGGGUUCAUAUGUACCUACUAGCUACACGUUAUAUGCGACAGUUGAGAACACGAAUAAUGGAGAAAUUGAAAGUAGUACGAUAGAAUAUGUUAUCACUACGUCUACAUAUCAAUGGACUAGUAAUAGUGAAGGAGCUACAGAAACAGGGACAGAAGAGCCGACUUCUAAUACAAUUUCUGUGCCACCUUCAAUUAUACUACCACCAAAUUCCACGGUUUCAGGUAUACCUACCGUUGAAAACAAUGCCAACAGAGUAGUUGGCACCGUGAGUUCUUUAUUAAUGAUUCUUAGUCUCAUUAUUUUACUUUGA